UCUGCUCGGUGUCCUUGGAAACGCCAGCGCGCGGCUCCAGCUCUGACAGCUGCUCAGUCUGCUCGCAGACUAACUAACUAACUGCUUCAAUCCCCCUGUUAAAAAUCGCCCUAGAGGGGCGUCUGACCCACAAAACUGUUUAAAAACAGUGGUCAGCCGGUCAGGAUGUCCACUGAAGGAACGGAAAAUGCAGGCUGUGCUAGUGGGGAUGACGAGGAGUGGCUUUAUGGAGAGAAUGAUGAAGAUGAUGCUAUUCCUGUUGAUGAUGAUGAGAAGACAGAGACUGAGGUUUUCAGCGCGCUCAUCGGGGACGUGGAAGGUGUUAAUGGAGUGGGCAAACAGAGCGACUCGGACAGCGACGAUGAUGUGUGUGUUACCAUUGGUGAUAUCAAAACGGGUGGCAGCCAGACCAUCACUCCUGUCAAUAUCAUAAUAAAGACCUCUGACAGAGCCAGUUUGUCAGGCACGAAGGUCAGAGGAGUGGAUCUGGAUGCUGAGGACAGCGUCAGUGGCACUCUGCUGGACGCGGAUGUAGAGUCAUUUGAGGAGAAGCCGUGGAGGAAACCAGGUGCGGACCUGUCAGACUAUUUUAAUUAUGGCUUCAACGAGGACACCUGGAAGAUGUACUGUGACAAACAGAGGAGACUGCGAAUGAGCAUAGAAGUCAUGACCUUGGGCUCCUCCAGUAAAGUCGUUGUGAAUCGUGGUGAUCUCUCCUCUAAAUCUGAUUAUUCCUGCAGGAAGUCGAACAGCUCCAUCAGUGUCAUUGGAGGACAGACGGGGACCAUCAGUCGUGUGGAAGGACGAAGACGUCACACCUCAGAUGAGAGCAACACACAGGUGCAGCCCUCCUCUGAGCAGUCCUCGGAUGCUGAGUUGCAGCCCCCCAAACUGCAUCCUUUCUUUCCUCCCAACAUUCCUCCUCCCCCUUUCCCCCCUCUCUCCAUCAGCACCACUUCCCCUCUCAUACCACCACCUCCUCGACUGCCCAUGACUGUGCCACCACCUGGUUUCCCUGUUCCUCCCGGGGUGCCUUCUCCUCCCCCCAUGUUAACUUCACUAGACAGUGCUCGUUCAAGAGGAAGCCAUUCUGCCCCGUUGUACCCCUUUUCUGCAGGUGUCUACCCACCACUGGUGAGGGCUGUGGCCUCCUGGCCUGGUAUGUUGGACAGUGCCAAAGCGUGGGAGUACUACACUCGUCACGACAAAAAGAGGGAGAGAGAGAAAGAGAGGGAGAAGACCCGAGAUAGAGACAGAGACAGAGAGAGGGAGAGGGACCGACAGCGUGAAAGAGAACACACACCUUCAUUCCAAAGCCGCAGCAGUGAUGAAGAGUGUGCGUUACGGCACAGGGAUCAUACUGAUCGGGAGAGAGAGAGACAACAGGAGCGUGCUGGUGGAACAGGAGAGAGAGAGGACAGAUACAGAGAGAGGAGACACAGGGAGCGCAGCGAACGGCAUAAAUCUUCCCGCAGCAGCUACAGUAGGAGAAGGCACGCUAGUGACGAUGGAGAGAGCCACAGGAGACACAGACACAAACGCUCCAGACGCAACCGAGACAGCACAGAGCCCAGUGAGGAGCGCAGCGCUGAGCACGACAACCAAUCAGAGCCCACUGAAUAAACCCUCAGGCCAACUAGCUUUGUGCUGACUAAUAGAGAAGUCUUAAUUUAUUCUGUCUUAAGCCCAAUAGCCACCAUUUACAUACUUUCAUUUGGGCCAAUCAAGAGCCAGGCUCACGCAGAGCUGAUUUAUGUUA